AUGGGGAACCAGGAUGGGAAGCUGAAGAGGAGCGCAGGUGAUGCCUUGCACGAAGGCGGAAGCAGCGCAGAGGAUGCUGUUGGGCCCAGAGAUGUGGAAGCCACAAAGAAGGGGAGCGGGGGCAAGAAGGCGUUGGGCAAGCACGGCAAGGGGGGAGGGGGUGGCGGCGGGGGGGAGCCAGGCAAGAAGAAGAACAAGUCGGAAUCUAGAGCCUCAGUGUUUUCCAACCUGCGGAUCAGGAAGAACCUGUCCAAGGGGAAAAGCACCGGUGGCUCCCGCGAGGAUGUGCUGGACUCCCAGGCCCUGCAGACCGGGGAGCUGGACAGCGCGCAUUCUCUGGUCACCAAGACUCCAGACCUCAGCCUCUCGGCAGACGAGACGGGCCUGUCGGAUACCGAGUGUGCUGACCCAUUCGAGGUAACCCGUCCGAGUGGCCAUGGACCCACUGAUGCUGGGGUUGGGGGCAGGGUGGUCUUGGAGGAUUUGGAAACAGCCGUGGGGAUGCAGGAUGGACAAAGGACCAGUUCAGGCUCGGACACGGACAUCUAUAGCUUCCACUCGGCCACGGAGCAAGAGGAUUUGCUUUCAGACAUUCAGCAGGCGAUCCGCCAGCAGCAGCAGCGGCAGCAGCAGCGGGGCUCCGAGGAGCCUGCAGCGCCCUCCGCAGCCGCCUCCCCCCAGCCCGGGGCCUUCUUGGGCCUGGACCAGUACUUGCUGGGUUCCAGCAGCACAGCCCGGGAGGCCCCUUGCAGCCCUGACCCGGAGCGGGCUCUGUCUGCGCUUUCUGACCUGCCUGGCAGCCUGGCCACCGAGCCCCAGGUGCCUGAGCAGCCACCGCCCCCCAGCGGCCCUGGAGCCUUGGCGAUGCCUGGCCUGCCUGAGGGCCAGCCCGCAGCCGCAGCCUCGCCCUCCUCCCCCGCCUUCCCGUUCCCUGAGGCCCCGCCGGGUGAGGGCUCGGCCAGAGCUGCCGGCCCAGGGGCUGGGGACACUGACGAGGAAGGCGAGGAAGAUGCAUUUGAGGAUGCCCCCCGAGACUCUCCAGGGGAGACGUGGGGUCCGGGGGUGGAAGAGGUUCCCCCGAAGCUGGGGGCAGAGCCCGAGGGGGAGCCCAGCAGGCCCGGCGCCCUGGCAGCUGCCUCCCUGCCCAGCAGCCCUGCGCCGAGCCCGCGCUGCUUCAAGCCCUACCCGCUCAUCACUCCCUGCUACAUCAAGACCACCACCCGGCAGCUCAGCUCGCCCAAUCACUCCCCCUCUCAGUCCCCCAGCCAGAGCCCCAGGAUCAAGAGGCGGCUAGAGUCCUCUCUGAGCCGGGGACCCAGGGCUUCCCUAGUCUCUGCCGCUGCUCCAGCCAAGAAGCACCGGGCUGACAGCGGCCUCGCCUGCGGCCUCAGCCGUUCAGCCGACUGGACUGAGGAGCUGGGCAGCCGUGCGCCCCCGGCCGGGGGCUCUGCGCACCUGCUGGAACGCGGGGCGGCCUCGGAGGGGAGUGGUGGGGCGCCACCAGUGCAGGCGGCCAAGGUGUCUGGGGCACAGGCGGCUGCUGAUUGUUUCCAGAACGUGUUCACAGGGCGAACUCUUUUGGAGAAGCUAUUCAGCCAGCAGGAGAACGGGCCUCCAGAAGAAGCAGAGAAGUUUUGCUCCCGGAUCAUUGCCAUGGGUCUUCUACUUCCUUUCAGUGACUGCUUCAGGGAACCGUGUGAUCGAAAUGCCCAAUCAAGUUCAGCUCCGUUUGAUCAAGAUCAACUUUAUACUUGGGCUGCGGUCAGCCAACCCACUCACUCACUGGAUUACACAGAAGGGCAGUUUCCCAGGCGAGUCCCGUCUGUUUGGCCCCCAUCGAAACCUCCUGAUGAAGAACACAGGCUGAAGGAUGCUGAAACAGAAUCUCAGUCCGCUGUUUUGGAAACUCCAAAAAAAUGUUCAGAUGCUGUUCAGCGGGUGGUCAAGUUAUUAAGCAACAAAAGAUCACAAGCAGUUGGAAUAUUAAUGUCUAGCCUUCAUUUAGAUAUGAAAGAUAUACAACAUGCUGUUGUGAACUUGGACAAUUCUGUGGUUGAUCUGGAGACCCUUCAAGCUCUCUAUGAGAAUAGAGCACAGUCAGAUGAACUGGAAAAAAUUGAAAAGCACGGCCGGUCCUCCAAAGACAAGGAAAAUGCCAAGUCUCUGGACAAACCUGAACAGUUCCUUUAUGAACUGUCACUAAUCCCCAACUUCUCAGAGCGAGUCUUUUGUAUUCUGUUCCAGUCCACGUUUUCAGAAAGCAUUUGCUCAAUUCGUCGCAAACUGGAAUUGCUACAGAAAUUGUGUGAGACAUUAAAAAAUGGCCCAGGGGUUAUGCAGAUCCUGGGUUUGGUUCUUGCUUUUGGCAACUACAUGAAUGGAGGGAAUAAGACUCGAGGACAGGCCGAUGGCUUCGGAUUAGACAUUCUUCCAAAGCUGAAAGAUGUCAAAAGCAGUGACAAUAGCAGAAGCCUGUUGUCAUAUAUCGUUUCCUAUUAUCUUCGAAAUUUUGAUGAGGAUGCUGGAAAAGAACAGUGUGUUUUUCCACUGCCAGAACCCCAGGACCUUUUUCAGGCCUCACAGAUGAAGUUUGAAGAUUUUCAAAAAGAUCUCAGAAAACUAAAGAAAGACUUGAAAGCUAAAGUUGAUCAAGAGGCAGAGGAAAACUCACUGACAGAGACUCAUAAAUGCUUUUUGGAGACCACAGCCUAUUUCUUCAUGAAACCAAAAAUUGGAGAGAAGGAGGUGUCCCCAAAUGUUUUCUUCAGUAUCUGGCAUGAAUUCAGCUCUGACUUUAAAGACUUUUGGAAGAAAGAGAACAAACUCAUUCUACAAGAAAGGUAG